UGAUAACUUAAGAAGUCAUACACACGUGCUUAUGUUGUUUUAAUCCGUAUGAAAGUGCACGUUGCUGAUGUAGUUUAUGUCUUACGUGUAGUAUUUUUCAAUUAAUUAAGUUUUUUAGAUAUUACAAUUUAAUAAUCAUGACUAAAGAAAAUCGAGAUGCUGAAAAAGUAGCUAUUGUAGAACGCGAAAUCGAGUUCGUAAAAUUGGUUGCAUCAAAUGAUUCAAAAACAAGAAAUGAUGGUUUCAAACAACUUAAAUCAUUAAUCAUUCAACAUUCUGGCGAUUCUAAUAAUGAUUUUCAACUUAAUGAUUAUUUACGCGUCUGGAAAGGAUUAUUUUACUUUAUGUGGAUGUCAGAUAAACCAUUACCUCAGGAAGUUGCUACUGAAAAAAUAAGUUCUCUUAUGCAUAGCUGUAAAUCUACUCAUGGUAAAGUAUUGUUUUUGGAAGCAUUUUUCCUUACAAUUAAAGAUGAUUGGAUGUCUAUAAGUCAGCAUCGAAUUGAUAAAUUUAUGAUGUUGGUUAGGCGUUUUCUUAGACAAACUUUUGUUACUUGUGUGAAUUCUGAUUGGAAUAUACAAUACAUGGAAAAAAUAAAUAGAGUUUUGUAUAAUGCUCUGAAAUCAUUUACACUAAGUUUAAAAAGUCAUGUUCAAGAGAUAUUUCUUGAAGAACUUGCUAAAGUUAGUAAAGGAAAUGUACCUACUGAAGCUUUAGUGAUUAUAUUAGAUGCAUUUUUACAUUAUAUAUCUGAAAUAAAUGAUAUAAUGCUUAUAAAAGAAGUUACUCAAAAUGUAUUUAAAAAUCUUCUAUCCCAAUCUCCCGAAUUUGAAAUUUUAGAAGCUAAACUUCAAGCAUGGCGUCAAAUGGGUAGACCAGGAAGAUCCUAUACAGAUUUAGAACUAGUUGAAGGUGAUAUAGAAAAUGGAGAUGGUAUUCAAAACUAUGAUGCACCUUUAGAUCCUCGAGCUGGAAAAGUGAAUGUUGAAAUACCUCGUAUAAAAUUUAAUCCAAAACUUAUUGCUCAUUUAUUACAUAAAUAUAUAAAUGAAAUUGAUUGUACUAGAAAAAGUUUAGUAGAAUUAACCAAACUGUUGAAAUGGUUUAAUCGCUUAAAGGAAGGAGUAUUGCCUUUUAAACCUAAAGAUUUAAAAUUAAAUAGUCAAGUUUUAAAACGAAAAAAAAAGAGACAUUUAUCUAAAUUAGUUAAAGAUGGAGUUAAAAGAUUAGAAAUGGUAGAUCAAAAAAUAAAAAAAAGCAGUAGAGAUGUAUUGAAUAAUUGCAAAAGUCUUAAGGAAUUAGAUAUGUUAGGUGAAGUUAUAGUAGAACAUGGAAAAAUUGGAAAAUCAGUUUGGAAAGUUAGGAAGUUUGUAGAAAAUAAUGCUAAAGAAAAUAUAAGCUUAAAUGGGUCAUGGACAGUAUCUGAAGAAGAAAAAAAUGUGCCAGAUGAAUCAUGUGCUAUUGAAGAAGAAUUCCCAAUUUUGGUUCCUGCCGGUUUUAAUGUUGAAACUUCUGUAAAUAAUUUGCCUAAUAAAUAUGUAGUUCAAGAAAAAAAACAAAUAAGUCCACUGAAUAAGGAAAAUGUUAAAAGUCCUACAACAAAAUCCUGUAAAGUCAAGUCAAGUUUAACUAAUAAAAAUAAUAUAACAGAAGUAGAUACUAAUCAAUCUGAUGAUUUAGUUAUGAAAAAACUUAAAAGGCGUUCUGGAGACAUAAGAGAUAAUAGUAGUUUAAAUGAAAGUUGGAGUGUAACUCAAAAUGAUGAAAUUAAAAUAAUUUCAACCAGUACAAAAAAUAUGAAUGACUCGUUUGAAAAUAAAAAAAACAUUACUGGAGAAUCAGAUUCUAAAAAAAAUUUGCAAGCUAAUUCUAACGAAAAUUUAAUUGAAACAAAUAUGAAUCUUAGUAAGAACUGGCAUGUUUCUAAAGGAGAAAAAGAACCUGACCUAUCAUAUUUAAAUGAAAGUAUUCAAAACAUAAGCAAAAAUUCUGAAAUAAGUAAAUUAGUUUCACCUGGUUCAAAAAUAUUAUCUGAAAAUUCUAAGAGUCCAAAAAGUCCAACGCCAGAGAAAAGAGUCUUACGACGACGAACUAUUAUUAUACCCAAAAAGAAAGAUGUUCAAAAAGAACAAACAAAGGAUACACCUAAAAGAAAAUCUCAAGAUUCUUCUCAAUCUGUGGAAAUACGUAAAAGAAGAAAAACAAUUGCUGGUCAAGGGAUAAGCCACUUAAAUCCUGAUGAAAUAUCAAAUAAAGCUUUAGAAAAAGUGAGAAGUGAAGCUUUUGAUGGCUUUAGUACACCAAGGAAGAGCUCAAGAUUAUCAAUAAAAACUGAUUCUGCUAAAAAACGUGUAGAAUUUCAAUUGAAAAAUAACAUUGAACAAGAAUUUAAUGAGUAUGAAACAUCUUUAGUUGAAAAACCAGAAAACCCUCAUGAUGCAUCCAAGCAACCAAUAUGUGGUGUCUUAAAAUCAACUCCUGAUACAAAUCGUGUAAAUCCAUUCUAUAAGUUUCACGAUCGUUCAAUUAAAAAAAAUUCUAGAAAAUCUAUCAUUUAAUCUAUUUAUUAAAUUUACACUGUACUUGUUAAAACAAAUUGUUAAUUUAUAAAACAAUGUUCUUUGAUUCUUAUGGAAUUGUAUGUUUUAUUUAAUAAUUAAGUUUAUUCUUUUUAAUAACUUUAAGCUAUGUUAUGUAAAUUGUUAACUGUUUUGACUACUGAACAAUUAUUGUAUCAUUUAAAAUUAGCUUAAAUUGAAUAACUUUUAAUAAAUAAAUUACAAUAUA